AUUGUACUAUUUAUAGACUUUUUGGAACAAUUAACAAUUACUUUAAAUAGCAAAAUCAAGAUUCAUGCUUUUAAGAUAUUUAAUAUAUCAAACAAAAAAAUACAAUAAGAGCAAACAAAACAAAAAAUAAAAAUGAACAUAAAUUUCCUUUUAUUAAUUACCUUAUGCUUACUUGGCUUAUGCAUCUCAUAAUAAAAUAAUUACGGCUAAAAAAGUGGCAAUGAUAAAAACUUUGAAUAGGUUUAUAAUCAAACAUAAGAAUAAGCAAAUUAAGAUGCUUAAGAAUUAAUUGAAUUAUUCAAAAGAGAAAGAGAUAAUGGUGGAUAGUGUUUUAUGAAAGCAGUCAAUCCUUUGGAGUAUUCAUAAGAAGAAAUUGACAUUGUUCACUACGAAUUUAGCUGCUAUAAACAUUUAUGUGGAAUAACAUCAAAAAUACCAUCAAGUCAAGAAUAUCAUUUAUGUAUUAAUAAAGAGUGUAAUAGAGUUUAUCAUGAUACAUAUUUUUUCAUGUAUGAUUUAAAAAGUGAUAUUAAAAAAUGUUUAGAAUUUAAAGAAGAAGUAAAAAAAAUUAAUGGUGAUAAUAAAUAAAAUAAUAUUUAUGAUGAUGAUAACUCUUCUUAGUAAAAUGAAUCUUAAAAAGAAAAAGAAAACAAAAAUUCCUCAUCAUCAAAAAAAGAAGAUAAUAAUUAAAACAACAUCGAAAAUGUUGAUAAUAUUGAUAGAGAUAAUAAAUCUUUUUCAAGCAUACUUUCACUCUUAUUAUUAGGAUUUAAUAUUUUAUUAUUUUGA